CUUCACAACCUAAACAUCCUUGUGCUGCUUUCAGAUGCAUACACCUAUGUAUGUACAGUACAGUACUGUACAUACCUAUCAUCCCGUUGCCCUUGUCCAUCGCUCAUGCAUGCUCAACGGCGGACUGAUGCUCGUGUGAAAGAGAUGACUGGCUUGGCUUGCUCCGUCAGAGCCUCCUGAAGCAAAGCGAUACACUACCUACAGAGGGUGCAUGGGUUUGGCAAAGACCUGGAUGCGUUACGGCGUCUCAUUUGACCAUGGCUGCAGACGAAGGGCAUCAACCUGCCUCUGUCAUACGCUACACCACACGGCGACGGCAAGUAGCAGAUUCGUCGAUGGCAUGGCGGCACCCAAGAUUUUUCGAGGAUUAGCGGACAAGAGAUGCGGUGCAGCGCCAAUCCGACCACGAUGCGGAGGGCUUGCAGGGGUCUUGGGCUUGACACCGCUGGGACAAGGGUUCACCGGCAUCCAUGGUUGGGUGGAUGCGACCCUGAUUCCCGGUUUCCCACCGUGCCCCACGUUGGGACGUGGUCCGCAGCCGGGAGCUGUUGAUGAGGUUGAAUGCCGCUUAAUAAACUCCCUGGCUAAUCAGCGGCCUGGACAAGCCAUACAACGACGGGAGCUUGCUGGGCAGAAGAACACUCAUCAGAACACCUACCUAACUGAGGUUGAGACAAAUUUGAGUCCGGCAUUUUAUAUUGCACGCAGCACCAUGCUAUAUCACCGUUGCCACAGCCGCCACACCUGCCCACAAGGUUCUUGCUGCUCCGGGGAGAUCAGAGCAGCAAACCACCCAUUAAGCCCUCUGAGGCGCCCACUUAUGAUAUACGAGUUUGUGAGCAUACACUGCUCUACUAUGGCUAGAGUUGAGAGUUCCCAUGGAUGUUAGACUACCUAGCUAUGUACUGUACAACUUUCUUGGAGGAUUCGUACCAUACUGUAAUA